AUGAGGCUGCGGGCGCGGCCGGGGGUCACCUCUGCGCCGCCGGGGACGUGGCCGGAGGGGCCCCCGCGUGUGGGCGGCUGCGGGAAGGCGGCGGGGCCUUUAAGGGGCGGGGUUGCGGGUGGAGGCCACACCCGCCCCCAGGCCCGGCCUCUGCUGGCCGCCGGCAGGACGCCCCGGGGCUGCGCGGGGAGGAAGCGCGGCGGGUCGCGCCUGGUGUCGCUCUUCGUGGCGGCCCUGGGCACGGUCGGCCUGUACCUGGCGCAGUGGGCGCUGGCCGGGGCGCGACCCCCUCCCCGGCGGCGGGCGGAGCCGGACGGGCGGCGGCGCCGGGAGUCGGACGCGGUGCUGUCCUGGAUCCUGACGCUGGACAGCUGGGGGAGCCGGUGGCGGGCGGCCUGGGUGGCCGCGCUGAACGAGGAGGCCGAGAGGCGAUGGGGGCGGGGAGGCCCGCUGCGACUCUCCUUCCAGCAGGACCCACAGCCGAAGCCCUUGCAGCUGGCAGUUGGGGAAGUCUCCAGCAUGCUCAAGUCAGCACAGGAGAAGGUGGUGGUCUGUCAUGUGGUGGGCGAGACCCUUCAGUUCUUGGUCAAUGUGAAGCCUGCCUCAGCACAGGCAACAAGCACAGGAUGUCAGCUCUAUGACGUGAGGCUCUCCUCGUUUCAUUUAAAGCUGGAGUUCCACAUGGAAGAGAGGAGAGAGGACAUCCAGAUCAGGUGGUCCUUCAUUCACAUGCCAGAAACAGCCGUUGAGAUCCAGCCCCGGACCCCAGGGGAGGAGCACGUACUUGAGGCAAACGUGCUGUCCGAAGCCCUUAAGGAUCUUUUCAAGCAUCUGGUUAGUGCUGCUUUUCCAUUGGUGUUUCUGAGCGCCAAGCCCACAGGGGUCCAGGAAUCUCAGGUUCUACAGCGCACCUCCACUGCUGCACAGGAAUCUUGUCCUCCCAAACCACCAAGAGCGCAUGAACUAAAACUGCAGGUGAAGAACAUCCGAGCCUCACUGGUGACCGACCCUGGUGCUUUAGGCGACAUGACCCCUGUGUGUGUGGCCCAGCUGAACGAUCCUGUGCAGAGGUUCACCAGCACCCUGGCAAGAAACACUACAGACCUCACCUGGGAGGAGGAAUUCACCUUUGAACUGAACGCCAAGUCCAAGGAGCUGCUCCUUCAGAUCUCAGAGGACGGACGAGCCUCGGAAGGUCUGCUAGGGACGGCGGCCAUUCCCCUGGACUUAUUUAGGAAGCAGCCUUCCGGCCCACAGAGCUUCACUCUGACCAGCGUGCCCACCUCUGGCAGCGCCAUGUUGGGCUCGGUCACUGCUGAGGGUCACUGUGGCGCCUGCCUGUUCACUUACAGUCACUGUGGGGCCUGCAACUGCACGGAUACCUCCCCCCUUCUUCUUGUUCUUGCAGAGUCUCCUGUGAAGACACCCAUCAAAGUGAAGGUCAUCGAGAAGGACAUCUCCGUCCAGGCCAUCUCCUGCCACAGUGCACCUGUCAGCAAGACUUUCUCCUCUUCAGACACAGAUCUGUUGGUGUUGAAUGGCUCAGAUCCAGUGGCUGAAGUUGCCAUUCGACAGCUCAGUGAGUCUUCAAAGCUGAAGCUCAAGUCGCCUCGGAAGAAGAGCACGCUCAUCAUUUCAGGGAUCUCCAAGACCUCGCUAUCUCAGGACCACGAUGCUGCCCUCAUGCUGGACUAUGCGUCUUCUAUGGACGGCACCCACCAGGGGGGUGCCUCAGUCGCCCCAUGCCCCCCGGAGGCAGCUGCAGCCUCUGCCCCUGCCCGCCCUGCCGAAGAUGAGCCAGCCCAGGCCCCACCUGCCCUCGAACCCCAGGAAAACGAGCUGGAAUCCUGGGUCCAGGACAAGGAGUCCUCAGCAGCAGCGUGGAUUGGCCCAGCCCUGCAGGGGUUUGAUGGAGAUGAACUGUCAGAGAGCUCCCUGAGUGCUUCGGAGCUUGGGGCCACCAAGAAGCAUAAAGGAGGAAUCCUGAGGAAAGGCGCCAAGCUCUUCUUCCGUCGACGGCAUCAGCAGAAAGACCCAGGCAUGAGCCAGUCACAUAAUGACCUGGUGUUCCUGCAGCCCCAGGUGGGGCCUCGGAGGAAGGGGGCAACCCUCAGCCGGUUCCUGAACAAGAAGCUGCUCGCCAGGCACAGAGGCAAAGACACCAUCAACGGAGCCCCUGGGGAGCCCUGCACAUAGCCCUAUCGCCCACUGCCCACAAAGCUGGAGAACAGGGGCAGUCCUCACCAGGACAUCUAGCCAUUGGCUCCUGCUGUCUUUUAAAGGGAGAAAAGCAAUCUGGGUCUCCAGCUAGGGGGCUUCCCCCGAAAAGGACUGACACAGUCCAGUUUACCAUCAGAUGCUCAGACCAGCUGGCUCCAGCUAUUGCCAUGAUCUAAGGGUCGAAAUGGAAUAGGAGACUUGUGCAACUGAAGCUGUGGGCUCUGAUUUACUGCACAGCAGGCCUGAGGGACCCCAGGUCACCAACUCCUCUCCAGCAGGGACCUGGGUCCACAUCUGGACUGUGACACCAGGAAGAGGUGUCCCUCUGGACUGUGGCUAUGAACAGGAUGGAGGGCUGCUUUACCUAACUUGCUGCUUAGAAUUAAAAAGUGCGCCUGGUCCUGGGGACAGGGAGAUGAAUAUAGGCAGGAAUUUUGAUCCAUGCAGAAAGUAUAAUAGGAGAAGACAUGCUUUGACAAGUUAAGAAGGCAUUUGCCUUUCAUAUUAGCCAUAGAUGUUGAAAAGGUCAUUAUGCAAACACUAAAUACAUCCUAUGCUUUAUGCAGAACACUUUCCCAGGCUUACUCAGCAUCUACUUGCAAGUGGAAGUGUCUGAGAUCGAUGCAGUUUCAUUAUCUCUCACGUCGGGGGCUCUGUUCAUACCCAUGGCAUGGGAAGAACACUAAGCAAGAACUCACCGAACCUGAUGAAGGUCCCCGGGAGCAGCGGGUGGCAGCUUACAGGACAUCACCACACACACACAUAUGGUUCUUGCCAAAUAUUGCCAGCAACCAAAGCAAAGAAUUUUCAGGGCAACCGAGGACAUUACUUUGCAUCACAGGUGCCAGUUAGUCUUAGGCAUGGAAGUUUAAUAACAAAUGGGCCAAACUUGCAGGAAGUUAUUUUUAUGGGCUUUUCAGAAUUCUGGGAACAGGAGCUUCUGGCCACAUUGUGGGGUGUCCUUAUUUUGGUUUACGGUAAGAAAAUGAUAAACUUAGCACCCAGUAUCCUAUCCCCCGAGAUCCAUUAGACCACUGUCCUCAUCUGCAUGCCCGGCUGGGUGGGUUCAUGCGGACAUCAAGGCACUCUACGCCUUUUGAAUACGCUGCCUUUGGAAGGCAGGCUCACAGAGAGCUGUUGUCGUGGGGUGGGGCAUUCUGACCAUUUAAUAAGAUCCAUUUCUGACACAGCAUUGAAAAGGCGAAUAUGCAGACGUGACUUGUGUUACUGACAUGAGGUUGAGUGAGCACCUUCCCUCUAUUCUGUUAAUCCUAAACAUGUAUUUCAGGGGGUGACUUGUGAUGACCAAAAAUGUCCAUGAAAGCCCAAGUUACAGGAAUGUCUUGAUUUUUUCUUCCCUGUUUUUGGGAGAAAGAUUAGAAAAGCUCAUUAGAAAUCUUUCCUUUUUCCUGUGUUCUGUUCCUUCUCCCCAGUCCUGGGGGUUAAACCGAGAGCCUUCUGUGUGCUAGACAAGCAUUGUCCACUGAGCUACAACUCCAGCCCUCUUUUAACUUUUUAUUUUUGAGCUAGAGUCUAAGUUGCCCAGGUUGCCCUGGACUUGGAUUCACAUUGUCGACCAAACAUGCGGUGAGUCUCCUGCCUCAGUCUUCCAAGUGGCUGGAAGCAUGGGCCUCAGCCACCAGGCCCAGUGAGACUUUACUUACAAAUAAGCAUCUAAAAGUUUUUGCUGGGUGUAGUGGUGUGGGCCUGCAAUCCUCCACUUAGAAGGUGGAGGGAGGAGGAUGCCAGCUUAAAAGCUAGACUGGACUACAUAAUGUGACCCCUUCUCAAAUAAAACAGAAGAGGAGAAAACCCCAAGGAAUUAUCAAGUGACCUUUUUUUUCGGUCUUUUUUGAGACAGGGUCUCCCUGUAGCUCCAGCUGUCCUGGAACUCACUAUGUAGACCAGGCUGGCCUCAAACUCACAGAGAUCUGCCUGCCUCUGCCUCCCGAGUGCUGGGAUUAAAGGCGAGUGCCACCGGCAUCAAGUGACCUUUUAAACGCACUUUGUGUUUGAAGAUGACAUUCUAAUGUUACUCACUACAAAGUUCCAGAAUGCAUUUAUACCAAGUUGGCCCCCGAAGCCAGUAGUCACCAUUUCUCUUUUGGGGAGUGGAAAUCACUUAAAUGCUGAGUUUUACAUGAGAUACUUUUAUUAUUUCAUAUGGUGUACAGACAUGUGACAUGCAGCAAUCAAUUCUAAGACGCUGUUAUGUGUCAGAAACUUCGAUUCUGAUUAUCUCUGUUUAGUGUAGGCUUAGACUUAUCCAAUAUGCUUGGGGCCAGAACUGUUGCACACUUCUUUUGGAUUUUGGAAUAUUCCGUAGAUUAUUUUUUUUAACCAGUUGAGCAUCCCUAAACCCCAAACUCUAAACUCCAAACCUCUCAGAAAUAUGAAACUUUGAACAGUACAAUCACAAAAAGCUUCGGAUUUAGGAUUUGGGGGUUAGGGAUGCUCAGCCUAGAGGAGUUGUGUUGCUUUGUUUGGUUUUGAAAUUUUGGUAGGUUCGGUUUGCUUAUGUGAUGGUGUCAGAAUGUUGGGUCACACUUCCUCACUCAGCAACAACAAAAGAGCAAAUGCCUUUAACCGCCCCAACCUAAGGAGCCUGCUCCUUUCCCACCGUGUCUAACACCUGCUUUGUCAGGGGUUGUCUCCAUUGAGCGGCCUUUUCCAGGUCUCCAGAACUCUAAAGCAGCACAGAGUACAGGGGAUGUAGAGAGCCAAUGGGUGGCCUUGCGGUGUGCUCUGAGAAAACAGCCAUCCCAACACUGUGAAGUCUCUUCUCCAAGCUGUUGUAUCUAUCCAUGUGUGUUUGUGAUGUAGGAUAUUUAUGAUGAAAUGAAUGUCAUUAAAGUGAAGGCCCUUGAAGAUUA